AAUAUAUCACACCAAUAUGGUUUAAUAAACUGUUUAGUUAAACAAUUGUCAAUUUAUAAGUCAGUUUUAGUGUUAUUAAGGAAUUUUAUUAUUAAAUAAUAAAGGUAAUCAUAUUAAUUAAUCGUGAAUUGGGUAUACUUUAUAACGUGUUUGUUGUUUUAUAUAUUUUGAAAAUGGUUGAAAACGAAUCUCCGUCGCCCUCCACUCAGCGCAGUCUCCACAAUGCACCGUCAUCUGUGGAGCCCUCGGCGUUCACCCUUAACGAGGAAAGUCAGGUCCGAGUGGCGAAGCCCCCGCCUUCCGUCAUGUCUAAGCGGAGAAUGUACCGAGUUAUCGUCGACGACGUCGACGUCACCCCGGAGGACAUUGUCGACCCAGAAUUUGUGACUCUAGAUGAGAUGAUCACACACGCCGCCUACGGCAAAGCAAGGUCGAGGAGCGAAGCAGUGCUAAAAUUUUCGAGAUCUAAGUCACGAACGGCUAUGGACGGUACUAAGGUAUACGCCACGACUAUCAACCUUGACGACAUUCAUAUCGAUCACACACUCAACACGGAGGAAGGCGUCGAAGCCGACGACGGCGACAUAUCGUUAGCUCCUUCCGCUUUUUAUUUACCAAAAAUGAACCCAAUUACUUCUUACCCACCUGAAAUCUUCAUUACAUUGAAGGAAACAGAAACAGUUUUUUUAUUUGAGUUGCCGUCCGUAUCCUACGAUAAAGGAACUCCCGAAGGUACAAUUAUUGAGGAAGAAAACACUUACUAUGAAUACAUCACCGUUGGAAAAGGUAGAAACCGAAAGAUGGUUACUGAAGAAACUCAAACAAAGGAAUGUAUAAAGCAGACAAGACACACGUUAGCCACGAGGCCGCAGAAGAAAAACGCCGAGUCCUUUGCGUCUAUGUGGGACAUGCACGACACUUACGCGAAAAUCGCCAAGACCUUGCAGGAGCAUGAGGAGCCAGAUGAAAUGGUUAUGUACCAAUCCGCCGCCCCGCAUCUGUUGCGCAAGAAAAGAAAAAAGGUUGCAUUCUCUAUAGAUCACGACAGCUCUCAUAAAACAUUCGCAGAAAUAGCUUCAACACCACAAUAUUUAGACGCUGUCAUGUUAACAGAGCGUGUUCUCGCAUCUUUAGAAUAUGGAAAAGCUCAGAAAAGAUUCCGAGGGCUAAUAAAAAUGGAUCCCCUGUCAUUAGAUUUGGUUUACAUUUACACGCUGAGACCGUUGUGGACUUUUGAAUGCGAAGAGACGGCAGGUAGACCUAUAGUCAGUAUAUCUGUUAAUCCUAAAAAUGAUAAUAUAAUGGCAGUAGCACACGGAAAAUAUGGCUUCGCGGAUGCUUUCAAUGGGACGGUGUGCAUUUGGUGUACCAAGAACCCUUGCAAACCGGAAAGAUUGUAUCGCUUUGAGGUUGCCUUGACGUCAGUAGGGUUCUCUGAAAAGAAUCCUAAUUGGUUAGCUUGUGGAUUCUUCAAUGGAGACGUAUUAAUACUAGACAUUACUUCAUACGAGAUAAAAAUAAUUGCGAAAAGCAAACGUGACACGAAUCCUUGUUUCGAGCCUAUUUGGACUAUCAAUUGGCGAUCUGUGGAUAGAGAAACCGAGUACGUGAUGACGACGUGCCAAGAUGGAAGGAUCAACCGGUUCCAAAGUACAAAAACUCAUGAGUUUAUAUGUGCACCCAUGAUGCGUAUCUCAACCGUAGAGGGCAAGCUCAAAGGUUUAGAAACUGCUAAGACAUGUUUGAAGGCGGACGUCCCGAUCACGCGGUACCCAGCAGCCGUGUGCAUGAUGUGGCACAGGAACUGCGAAAACUGCUACCUGGUGGGGACUGACGAGGGCUGUAUCCACAAGUGUUCCACGCACUACCUUAACCAACACAUAGACGUGUUCCGUGCCCAUGCCGGGCCCGUCACGGACAUGGUCCAGUCUCCGCAUAUGAAUAUUCUGAUUGCAUCGAGCGGCGCGGACAACGCAAUCAGGCUGUGGAUGGAGGGCAUGGACGAAGUUAUUAUGACGUUGAUGUGCCCCACAGCAGUCACCGGAAUAUCAUUCUGUCCGGUAAAUGCGACUAUUCUGCUAUCGGCGAGCGGCAGCGUCUUGUCCGUGUGGGACUUACGUCGGAAAAUUCAUAUGCCGUGCGCGGAGUACACGUUUCCGGGUAACGUGAUACUGACGUAUAUCCGGUUUGCAAAUCAAGGACACAACGUAUUCGUGGGUGACACGUGGGGUAGGGUCCACACCUUCCAUUUAGAAGAUACACCGAUACCGCCCUACUAUCAGUGGAAGUUACUUGACGAGGCUAUACGCAAAGCUCUGUGCACCAGACCGCAUUUGAUCAGGCAACUCGAUAAACUUCUACGGUUAAGGUCAAGAGAACGUACGAAAAAGUCUUUGUAGUCAGAUAAUACCGGCUACCAAACGAAUGAUACCCAUACAGCAUUCUGUCAUGUUUGUCGACUGCAGUUUUAUUUCUUUAUAAUUAGAGUCAGUAAUAAUUAUAGCUGUCAUGCUUUAUUAGCUUUAUUUCUGGCAUAUUUUUGUUAUUUUAGUAAUCGUUUAGCUUUACUGUUAACGUUAGUUAUUUUUAUUAUUAUUUGAGUGGGCU